ACUAGUAAAGGCAAAUCAUACAAAAAGUGCAUCAAAUGCGGUGCCGAUGAAAGAAAAGCUACGUCGUAUAAAAAAUUCAUUGUGUCUGAUUCUUUAGCCAAUCAAAUAAACCAAGUUUUGAAUCUAAAUAGUGCACUCGGUGAUUACAUCUGCAAAUCUUGUUAUACAACGUUUCAAUUUUUAAACCCAAAACCAAAGGAACAACAGGAUUCAUCGCAACAAGAACAAUGUUCACAAAGUACACAAACUGAUAGUCAAGGUUCAGGACCGAUUACUUUGUCACAAUCUUCUAGCAAUGUCUCAGAGUUCGUACUUGAAGAGUAUCCUAAAGAAGAAGAAGAGUGUAUAGAAUUGCCAUUUCCUCGUCCUAUUUCGACACAUAAAUAUUGCUUCUUAUGUGGAAAAUCAACUAUUAUUGUCAAUGUACCCUUUAAUGCUCGCAAACAAGUCUUUACAUCCAAGAAAAUAUUUAUUCCUGAUGGCAACCGGUGUUGUUCUACCCAUUUAAUAAAAAAACGCUUUUUUGAAGAUGAAAUAAAUAAUAUUCAAGUAUAUACACAUUAUAGUUCAAUUAAAAAAUCAGACGUCAUAAAGCUUCUUGAAAACUUGAGAGUUGAUAUAGACAAAGAACUAACAGACAAAAUUGGCGAGUGCUCUCUAUCCGAAGAGCGUUUACUUAUUUUUACUGGCUUAACUUGGGAAAAUAUUAUUAUGCUACGUGAUAUGAUGACGUCACUGAGAAAUACGGAAUCGAGAAAUAUAAUUCAAGCAUUGGUCGUAUUUCUUUUUAAAUUACGAUCAGGAAACUCAAACAACACAAUUGCAGCUGUACUUGGACUUGAGCGCCCUCAACAAGUAUCGGAUUUUUCUGCAUGGAUUUUAAGUUCUUUUGAGAAAGAUGUUUUGCCAUCUCGUUUUGGAAUUCAAGCUGCUAAUCGACAACAUUUAAUCGACCAAACCGCGCCGGUUGCCAAAAUAUUGUAUGAUAUUCGGGGCGAUCAGCUAGGUCUCGUAUGUGAUGGCACAUAUCUCCGUCACGAGAAAAGCAGUAAUAAUGAAUAUUAAAGAAAAUCAUACUCUGGACAAAAAAAAGCUCCUCUGUGUAAACCUUUUACAAUUUGCACUACCAAUGGCUACAUCAUAGACAUACUCGGCCCGUACUAUGCAACUGACAACGAUGCUAAAAUUCUUGAGAGUAUUCUCAAUGACCCAAAUGGAUUGAUAACGCUUUUGCAGGAAGGAGAUAAAUUUUUUUUGGAUAGAGGGUUCCGCGACGUUAUACAAAAACUGUCAAACCUUCAAUUUCAAGCACUGAUGCCUGCAUUAAAGGGAAAAAGGAAGCAACUCACAAGUAUAGAAGCCAAUGAGUCACGUAUGGUUACAAUGGUUCGUUGGGUUGUCGAAGCUGUACAUGGUGUAAUAAGCCAAAAGUAUAAACUUCUGCAUAAUCAGUUCGAUAACAAGAUGAUUCCCAACGCAGCUCUAUAUUGUAAGAUAGCGGGUUUUUUGAUAAACACAUUUGGAAAGAGAUACGUUUCCGAAGUUUCAAGUAAAAACGAAAUAAUUGCACAAAUCAACAAAAUAAAAAGUUUAGAGAAUACGUUGCUUCAAGAAUGUGAAGAAAAUAGAUGGGGUAGGCGGAAAACUUUAUUUCAACCACUCCAGUCCAAUGAUGUUUUAGAUUUCCCCGAAAUGACAGAACAAGAUUUAAUAACUUUCUUCACAGGUACAUAUCAACUGAAACAAUCAAUUUCAUAUUUGGCCGAGUUAAUUACUGAAGAUAAUAAAGUGGAUCUACAGUUCUUGAAAGAAACUGCAGACAUAAUUAAAAUUCAAGUUCGUUCGAGACAUAUAAAGGCUAAAACAUACAACUGUUACAUUCACUAUCAGCCUCAUUCAAUUGGUACCAGUGGAAUCAAACGCCAUUAUUGCGAUUGCGCAAAUGGUGCCAGAACAAUAGGAUGUUGCUCACAUGUAGCCGCUAUCAUCUACUACUUAUCAAAUGCAAGAUAUCUAGCUAAAAUUGUAAAUCCAGCAAAAAUACUAAGAAACAUAUUUGAUUCCAAUGUUAUACCUGUUAUAAAUGAAGACAGUGAUGAAGAUUGAAUGCAAAAACGAUAUUAAACUAUUGCAACAGGGCCAUUUCGCUCCCUACAAAAAAUAUAAAUUACGAGGUCAAACAAUUAUUUCGACGUAACUCUCCAAUGCUCAAUCAAUAGUGUCCAAAUAGUGUUCCGUCAUCAUCUAGUAUAACAUAGAACAAUGUCCAAGUGGCUUGGUCCCGGCUAGGAUUUGUAACAGUUUCUAGCAUCGGCGUCGACUGUAUAUUCAAUUUAUGUAUUAUAAUAUUAUGUAUAUUGUUGCACUUAUGUAAAUAACUUCAAUAAAUAUCUUUUUUAAAAUACUGUUAUAACUAAUACGUACUAUUAAGUGGGUUCUAUAAUAUUAUUAUAGAAUGUAUUCAUUAUGUAUAUCGUUUAUAAAUAUACAGGGUGUUUCAUUAAUAAUUAGAAAUAUUUUAAUAGUAGAUUCUUGGGCUCAAAAGAUUAAGAUCCAAUAACCAAAUACCCAAAUCACUUAAAUAAAAUGUGGCUAGUUACAAGGUGUUUUAUUAAUCAA